AUGAGCAAGUGGAGUACGAAUGAAAUGCCAACAAGCAGUGGUCAUACGAAUGAUAUCAUCGAGGUGAAAAGACAGGACCAGACCCCCAUCACAAGCCUCCAGGCCAGCAUCGAUGCCAUGCAGGAAAAGCUCGAUGAAGUCGGCAAAAUCAUCUACAUCGGAUCAGUCGAGCAGGUCUGUCUACAGCUCUUCGACAUCCAAGAUGAGUUCAGGGUACAGGUAGGGCACAAAGCUGCGACUUGCGUGCCAAAAAACGUCGAGAAAUUCCAGCACAAUGCGAAGAAGAAUGUUGAUGUGUUUCAGUCGAGCAUUGGCCAACUCGAUGCGAGGGUGGGAAAGCUGCUGGAAGAUACGACUUGA